CUCUACAGGAUAAGUUUCAUAUGAAGCAGAAACGCAAGAAGUCAGCACAAGAACUGUUAGUAAGCUUGCGGGGACAACAAGCUAACAACAUAAGCAUAACUUCUCAAGAUUUGCAGCAACAAUUUCAUGGGGAUCAACCAGAUGAACAACUUGAAAAUGAGAACAUAAUAACUCCCACACUCAGAGAUAGCAACAUAAAUGCUUCUUCAAGCUCUAAUGAAGCCAACACACAAGAGAAAGAUGAGCCCUUAGUUGUCAAGAUUAAAGAUACUUCGACUGGAGAAGUUACAACUCAAAAGAUGCAACCAGAUCGAGUUUGGAACUUGGAAAAGAAUAAAAAAAAUUAUGGUUGAACUCAAUGGAGAUGGACAAGGAAGUGAUAAUGGUUCAAACUUGCUUGUGAGAUUUCUUGGCAAACUUUCUCAAAAGUCAGUAUUUUGUCCCAUAUCAGUUGAGAGAUGGGAUAGGAUGCCGAAGGCAAAAACACACCUUUAGUGGCAGCUUAUUGAGGAGAACUUCGAGUUUGAUUAUGCUAUUGGAAUUAAAUGGGUGAUGCAUUCUUUACGCGAUAGAUGGAGGGCCUAUAAAUAUAAGUUAAGAUGUGACCACUUCUAUCCUAACAAAAGUAAGGAAGAGAUACUUGCUAAUCGUCCCGCAAACGUGGAUUCUAAUGAUUGGACUGCUUUUGUUCAUCACUAUAAAGAAGAUAAGAUGAAGACACAAAGUGCACAAAAUACGAAGAAUAGAACAAAACUUAAAGUCUCGCAUGCCGGUGGUAGCAAAAGUAAUGCAAGGAGAGGUCGUCAAAUGGAGCAAAAAUUGGGAAGGCCUGUGUGCCGAAGUGAAGUUGUAUUGUCAACUUUACUGAAAAAGAAUGGUAAUUAUGUGAAUGAAGAAGGGAAGAUUUUAGCUGAUAAAAUAUCGGAGCAUCUACCUGAAGAUCAAGAACAUGCUGCUACUUUAGGUGUUCCGUUGAAGAUAUUGGCUCAUCCCAAUGACGCCAUUGGAAAAGUGUAUGGAGUUGAACAUUCUGGUCGUGUGCGUGGUAUAGGUGGUAAUGUUUGUCCUUCUGAUGUUUUUGGGAUGCCUAGACAUUCAAUUAGUCAUGCAAAUGUCGGCAAUUUCAGUAAUACGUCUCAUCAACGUGUUGAAGACCUAGAGAAACAUGUAGAAACUUUGGAAGAGAAGCUGACUGGAUAUGAAGAGACCAAGGAAAAGCUUGAGGAAACCAAGAAACGACUUGCACAAAAUGAGAAUCACUUGGAAACUCUUCAUAGGUUUUUACAAGCCAAAUUUGGUAAUGAAUUGCCUAGUUUCAACAUAGAUUCUUCUUAG